AUGCUCAGGCGAAUUCUAGUCGCCAGUGGACAGUGUGCAACGGGCUCUAGAGCUUUGGUAACUCGUUUUCGCCCGACCUCAAGGCGAACGUAUGCGACGGACACUGAUUCGGGUAUAGCUAACCCAGCAGCCUACUGCAAGGACCUGGUUCGAAAGCAUGACUACGAGUCGUUUUUGACUUCACCAUUCUACCCAAAGGCAAAGCAAGAUGCUUACUUUGCUAUAAAAGCUUUCGCUGUCGAGCUGGCAACGGUGCAGGAGAACGUUUCGAAUAGUAUGAUUGGCCAAAUGAGGAUGCAGUUCUGGAAGGAUGCUAUUAAAGACAUUGGCACUGGCAAAUCCCCGAAACACCCCAUAGCCUUGGCCUUGCUUCGAGCUUCAGAAACAGCUAAUCUUCCUGCUUACCACUUCAAACGCAUCAUUGACGCACGGACUGCGGAACUAGAAACUCCAUCACAUCUCACAAUUGAAACUCUGACCUCGCAUGCAGAGUCUACGUCAAGCACUGUCCUCUACCUUUUGCUUUCUCUACUCUCCCUGCCGUCAUCUGCCCUUUCACAUGCCGCUUCCCAUUUGGGUGUUGCCCAGAGCUUCACGACCCUGUUGAGGGCACUCCCGUAUCAUGCGACCAAGGGACGAAUGGUCAUUCCGGCUGAAAUCACCGCCAAACAUGGAGUGAACCAAGAAGAGGUGUUCAGACGGGGUCCCGGAGCUGAGGGACUGGAAGAUGCAGUUUUUGAAUUCGCCACCAUCGCGAACGAUCACUUGAUUACUGCACGCGAGAUGUUCAAUCAAGAAGGAAUGAAUGGAUUGAUUCCUGACGCCGCCCUUCCCAUAUUUCUUUCCGGGGUACCGACCGCCAGCUAUCUCAGUCGAUUAGAAAAGGCAAACUUUAAUGCGUUCGAGCCCCAACUUCAGGUCCGGGAUUGGAAAAUUCCGUUCAAGAUUUGGAGCGGCUACUACAAGAAGAAGUUUUGAUUUCUCAGGGGCUACACUACCAAAGAGGAUAUGUCUGGAGGGCCAGGAACGCGGGCCACAAUUUUGUCGAAAUUUGCUGUCCGAAUAGAGUAAAUGCAUAACUAAUUAUAAAAAAA